AUGAACAAUAACAAUAAUAAUAAUAACAAUAAUAACGGUUUUUAUAAUCAAAAUAGUAACAAUAAUAGCAGUAAUAAUAGUUUUAAUUUUAGUUAUUGCUAUGGUAAUAAUGGUAAUAAUUCGGCAACAACAACAACAACAACCACAACAACUGCUGUUACCAAUCAAAACAAUAACUUAAAUAAUGAAAUUUUUAAAUUUAAUUUAAAUUUUCCAACUACCACCACAACAACCACAACUAAUAGUAGUAUUAAUAAUAUAAGUAAUAAUGGUAAUAAUAUAAAUAUAAAUUUUAAUAAAUUAGAAAUUAAAUGUUUACAUCAUUCAAAAUAUGAUGUUACAUCAAUAUGUAGUAAUUGUAAUCAAGGUGUUUGUACAGUUUGCAUGUCAGAGUUACAUGAUGGCCAUUCAUUUUCAGAAUUAAAUAAAAUAAACGUUUACAAAUUAUUAGAAAAUUUUAAAGAAACCGAAUAUCCAACCAUUUUAGCAUAUAAAGAAAGUGAUAGAGUAGUAAAUCAAGCAUUAGACCAUUGCUUUAAUAUAAUAGAAAGUAGACAUCAAUCAAAUUUAAUUAAAGUUCACGAAAAAUUCAAACAUUUACAUGAUAUUUUAAAUGAAUUAGAAUCAAAUAUAACUGUAAUAUUAGAAGCACAUCAUAAUAAUAAUGAAGAGAUUUAUACUAAAAUAACGUCCCAAUUACAAAAUGACGGCGAAAUUAUGGAUUCAAUCAUUCAAAAGCAUCACAAUAAAUUAAAAGAAUAUGAUACCUUUGAAUUAUUUGACCAAGAUCAGCAAAAAUCAUUACAAACUUUAAUUAGGGAUUCUCAAAUAUGCUCAGAUUUAUUAAUUAGAAAAAAAUCAAACCAUUUUCCAAAUUUUGUUGAAAACCAUGUAGAUUUCGAUUCCGAACUAGAAAGUGUUUUUACUGAAUCUAUUAAUAAUUUUUAUUUAAUCAAUUCAAAAGAUUUUAAAGAUAAAGAUAAUCAAUAUUUAAUGAUUAAUAAAUUAUCAAAAUUGGGAUCUUUUAAUUUUUAUUUAACACAUGGUGAACCAGUACCAGACCAUAUAACAUCACUUGCAUUGUCAUCAGAAAAUAAUAAGCUUGUUAUCCCAAAUAAAAUUAAAGAGUUACAUUUCCUUAAUGGAUACAAUGGUUCCAUUAGACAAGAAAUGAUACCAUCGAGUGUUCAAAAAGUUUUAUUUUACGACAUUGGUGCACCAGUGGUUCAAGGCUCCAUUCCAGCUAAUGUUAGAGAAGUUUAUUUCUGCAAGGGUUAUAACCAUGAAAUAUACGAGGGUUCCAUUCCACCUACUGUGCAAAAAGUUGUUUUAUAUGACAUCAAAGUUCCAUUAACCAAAAAAUCAAUACCAAAUACCGUCAAAGAGCUUCAUUUAAAUAACGGCUUUGAUCAAUUUAUUCUUCCAAACAUACUACCACACUCAUUAGAAAAACUUUAUCUUUAUGAUAUCAAACAACAAGUGCUCAGUGGUUGCAUACCAUCAUCAGUUAAGCAAAUGUAUUUAAGAAAUGGAUUCAAUCUUGAGAUUAAUCCAACCAUCAUUCCUCAUUUCAUCGACCUUCUCUAUAUAGGGGAUAUAAAGCAAACACUUAAACCAGGAUGUAUUCCAUAUGGUGUUAAGGAGCUCCAUGUAGGAAAUGGUUUUUCACAAAAUUUAACCCCAGAUAUCAUUCCAAACUCAGUUUCAUCGAUUUUUGUUUAUAAUGUCAGCAAUCCAGUCCUUUUUAGCUCUUUACCCUCAUCGGUCAAAGAGUUACAACUUGGUACUGGCUUUAAUCACGAAAUACAACCAAAUUCAAUUCCAUCUUCCAUUGAAAGACUUGUAAUCACCUCUAUUGAACCAAAUUUAACAUAUGGUUCAAUUCCAAAAACAUUAAAAGAGCUUUAUAUUUUUAGAGGUGUUAAAAGUAAAAUUAAUCAAGGAAUAAUUCCAUCAAAUGUAAAGGUUUUAAAUAUUUAA